AUGGAUACCAUCCAGGAAGAGAACCUGAGGGUUAUCAUCAUAGGAGGGGGCAUAGCGGGAUUGACUCUUGCUAAUUGCCUAGAUAGGACCAGUAUCGACUACGUUGUUCUUGAAAAGCACCGCGAGAUCACUGCCAACAUCGGGGCCGCGAUCGCACUCCAGCCGAAUGGGGCGCGCAUACUUGACCAACUAGGUAUCUAUAACCGUCUGAGAAAAGACCUGUAUGAUAUCAACUCUUAUCACACGGGCUUUCCGAACGGGUCGAGUUUUAACUCUUUUACCUGGGCAUGGUUUAAGGCCAGCCUGGGCUAUCCAAUUUCGACGAUAAGCCGCAAGAAGCUGCUAGAGCAUUUGUACCAAUCCUUGAAGGACACAUCGAACGUCCACACCGGCGCCAAGGCUGUGAACAUACGGGCAAGCUCCGUGCCGGGCCAGAACGUCAUUGUCAAAACCGCGGACGGCCGUGAGUUUACAGGUGACUUGAUAAUUGGUGCAGAUGGCGUCCAUAGCAUGGUACGAUCAGAGAUGUGGAAGGUGGCCGAAAGUAGGGAACCAGGUUCAACAGCCGAAGAACAAGAGCGCAUGAAAAUUGAUUACAUAUGCCUCGUUGGAAGCUCGAAACCAAAAAAGACGAUCUUGGGGCCCCAUGAAAUAGUCAAUCGGGUUUACACAGGUGUGACGUUCUUGAUCGUUCCGGAUGUGGAUGGCACGAUCUACUGGUUCGUGAACGUGAAGCUUGAUCGAACCAUUAUCCCUCCGUCCACACCACCAGGGCAUUCCUCAUCGGAGAUUCAAGCUCAAGUGGAAGCCCUGUUAGAUUAUCACAUUUGGGGCGACGCCAGGUUCAGGGAUCUGUGGUCUACCGCUACCAACAUCGCCUCGGUCCCGUUGGCCGAGGGCCUGCUGCGAGCGUGGAGCAAUGGCAGGAUCGCCUGUAUCGGUGACUGUGCCUUUAAGCUGACGCCCAACCUUGGCCAAGGAGCGAACAUUUCCAUGGAAUGUGCGGCAGAUAUUGCCAACGCUUGUGUCACCCUUCUUCGACUUCCAUCCGGGAAAGGGAAGCCAACGAGUAAAGACAUAGAGGACACCUUGGGCCAAUGUACGGGCUUGCUUGCAAAGCGCCUUCAGGCUGUGGAUAGGAUGUCACAGUUCACAACCCGGCUUCAAUCAUUUGACUCGUUCAAGCACUGGAUCAUCUGCCGCUACGUUCUGAAGUAUCUUGUUCUCCCGGCCUACUACUCAAACAAGAGAGAGAUGGCCGCCGCAGUCACUCUCAAUUAUAUUCCCCUUCCCGAACGAGCACGGGUGGCGUUAGAGCGAGAUGGAAGGUUUGGAGCGAAGAGCAUGGGGGCUUUGAUAUUUCUUUUCGGGCUGUUAGCCAGCCUCAUUGGCGCCCUGCAUGUGUUUAGAUGA